CGGGGCCGGUGAGAGAUGGAAAGUCAGGGCGAGGUGAGAUGAGGGUGUGGAUACAGGAGAGAUGAAGCCGAGGAGGAAAGAAUGCAAAGAGAGAUAAUGUGGCCGGAACAAGAUGGGGCUGUGGAGCGUGAGAUGGAGCCUGGCCGGUGUUGGUUUAAUGGAUCGGAAGUAUGGUGACGCUAACUUGCCGCACAAGACGCAUCACCUUCCACAAAACAAAAACCCACCGGAUUCUGAUCUUGCAUGGCACUGAGGGACACACCGCCUCCUUUCCUGCAUCCCUCCCUCCAUCCAUUCAGGAGGAGAGCAGCAGAGUGGUCCACACACUGAAGUGAUGAGCUUUGGUUCCUGAGAUCGAGUCCCGCCGGAAACUGUUUUCUGUGAUCGCUGAGUGGCCGAUAUCACCCGCGAGUUGCCGUCAGUCUGGUCUUCAUCUGACAUUACGUCGGGGGGCAAUAUGAAGCGUCAGAGCUCUUACUGGUGACACUUCAAGAGUCCAGCAUCACCCACCGCGGGCAAACGUCAACCAUCCAGGAUGCGUGAAAUGAUUCUACAGGCUGUCCAUCGAGGCCUCUAAAAACACUUCAGGUUCAUGACGUCGAUUAUUCAAAGGUCCAUCACCUCUUUCUCUCACUAAAUCGUGACACGCCUCCACAUUUCCACUGCUUCACUUCCUUCCGUGCUUCCGUGCGUCUGAAACAGGCCUCAUCCUUUCCCUCUCUCCUCUCGUAAGGUCACCGUCACGCCGCUCCCGUCACUUUAUAAGCGGCCCGAGAGGCAGAGCAGCCACCAGUCCCCGCCGCGCCUCACACACAAACAUGGCCCUCAAGCUCGUCCUCCUGUCAGCCCUCGUGGCCGUCGCCCUCGCCGACACAGCUCCCUACAGGCCGCCCCCUCCCCCUCCCCCUCCCACCUACAGCGCCCCCGCCCCAUCCUAUCGUGCCCCUGCGCCAUCCUACAACGCACCCCAGCCAGUGAGUCCCCCCAAGUAUGACUUCAGCUGGAACGUCAAGGACGACUAUUCCGGCAACGACUACGGCCACCAGGAGGGCCGCGACGGUUAUGACACCCAGGGAUCCUACUACGUGCAGCUGCCCGACGGCCGCCUGCAGGAGGUCACCUACACCGUCAACGGCGACUCAGGCUUCGUGGCCCAGGUCAACUACCAGGGUGAGGCCCAGUACCCAACACAGCAGGGCUACGGCUCCGUCCCUUCCUACCAGGCCCCCGCCCCGUCCUACCAGGCCCCCGUCCCGUCCUACCAGGCCCCCGCCCCGUCCUACCAGCAGCCCCGCCCGUCCUACGCGUAAUGCUCCACCCUCGUUAUGGCCAAGUCUUUCUGUCUUUGUAAAUACUCCAUUACACCAGUGAGUGCCUGCUUCCCACAGAACAAUAAACAAAUGCGAUAAAAACACCGUCUUUCCUUCAAGUUCCAUUAUUCAUCGUCACAACGCCCUUCCUUACCACAGUCAUUCAUUCCUCCAAAAAUCCCCAACCCAUCACAGCCUUUCUUCCG